GAGAGAACAAUCUACCCUCUGUAGUUCCUACAAGCUUUUCUGCUGGAGGCUCUGAGAAAGCGAACAUGAGAUGUUAUCCAAAAGCAGGGCUGGGUGAGCCCACUGAACCUAAUGAUGCUGCUCUCUCAUGGAUGUAUGAACACGAUAGUGCAGAAGAUAGCAGUAUCAGGAAGUCGCUUGAUGGCUUCUACGAAAUGUAUUGCAAAAAACGGCCAGAUAGAAUGGAUCCCACCUAUGAGACUGCAUCACGACGUCUAUCACAGAAGAUUUCAGAGCUAGCAAACCAGGAUGGAACAAAAUAUGUGUCACGUUGCCUGCAAAUGGCCCAGGUGGUCUUGAACAGAGAUGGGUGUAAGAUCUUUCCAAACCACCCCACUACUGCUUGUUUUUCAAAGCCAGCUGAGGGAGAAGUCAUCUUGGAAGACAGAAAGAGAACACCUGGCCUCUCAGAUGACGUCCUGCAAUUCCUCUUGAAACAAACACGGGCAGACUCUGAUGUGCCACAUGAGAAGUGA